AUGGCGCAUCCAAGGUCGCUGAGUACCAACGGUGCGCAAAACGGAGUCGAAUCUCCUGCGCAACCGUCUGGUCACCAGCCCAGGUUCUCGCGCCCGUUCACACUGCAGGAGGCUCUUCCGUUCUCUCCAUUUACCUCUGUCAUUCCUUUCGAGUCGGAUAUCAUACCGACUCCGAACCUUGGUGCUGGCCCAUCUUCGUCCCGUCUCGCCGAUCUCGUCCCUCGACAUGAUUUCGAUAAUCUGAACAGAGACGCUGCCAACCCGUCAACUACGUCGAGGCGCCUGGAACAGAGCCUAGAGCAUGUGCAGAAUCUAUUGAAUCCGAGCAGGAUAGCACAAUUCAACUUCAUAACCUGCCCCAAAGUCGCUACACCUAACGGCCCCACGAACAGUCUUUCCAUGAACUUGUCUCCUUUCUCGAGGAUGGUCUUUGAAAAGACAUCGGUUUCCUACACAUACCCAACAACGGAAGCACCACGCGUCAACGGUCAGCACCCUUCCACGACCUCCGGCUCUGCCAGACCACAAAAGCGAGAAAGCAAACCUGCCUCGAGCAGCCAGGUUCCUGGGCACAAAGAACCUCGAUUCGCCGUCUUUAUACCGACUAAGAAACAGUACGAAGCCGCAACGGCAGCCACCGUGCCAGCCGCCGCGCCAGCGAGCAGCCCCAGGGUCAAGACACCGCCGCCCCCCUCUCCACAGCCGUCAAUCCCAGGUGAUGUGGACGAAAUCGCUCAAUUACCGCCUCAGGCGGCGUCUCAGCCGUUCACUAGCUCGCAGAAGGGUGGGACCUUCUCGAUUGAGCUGCCUCCUGCUCCCUCGUUUAAUAAGCAGGAGUACCUCGUGGUCCAGGACGAACCUGAUGAGCCUUCAAACCUGUCGAAACGGAAGCAGAGGCAAGAGGAGUACCAGGACGGUCAAGAUGUCUACGGGGCAGGUCGUGACCAGAAACAGAGGGCUGAGUCGGCCUAUCAUCAGCUCCGCCGUUGUUUCGCGGAGAUCUUCGAGGCGGAAGAUAGCGUCACGGCCACUCAGUCAGAGUCAAACCCACUUGUCUGCUUGAAUUCCCAUCAGGAGCCCAGCAUGACUACAGCGGCCCAUCAAAAAGUACAGCCUCUUCUACAGAAUGCCAUAUCCCUAGGGUCUUUCGUACACGUCCCCGUGGAAGAGAUCCUGCGUGUGCAACGUCUCUGCGAUGGUGCGCUGAAACAAACCCAAGACUUGGACCUCAAGGUCGACGAAACCUGUGGCGAGUCAGAAGUACAGAUUUGGGCUCAACAGCUUCAGGACGUCGACGCUGCGCUCAGGGCCGCCCGGACAGCACUGAGGAUAAUGUCUGCUGGCAGAGAAGACAAACAGCUUUACUCAGAGGACCUUAUACGGGAUUGCUUGAACCUCUUCCGGGAAGUCACAGGUAACAUCAUCGUACCGCUGACAGAGAAGGCCCGUCGUUACGGCAUCACGAAAGAAGAAAAGCAAGGAAGUAAGGGCGGGGGCAAGGACAGUAGCAAAGACCUCUUCGAGAAACUGCUCCCGCACAAGAAGAUCGCCCAGAACUUGUUCACUAGCUUCACCAGGCUGUAUUCUGUUUUUACUAUCCUGGUCGCUAGCAUAGAUUUAUCCGAAUCUGUUGCCACGGCUCUGGAGACCAUCUCAUCCACCCUCAUAUUUGUCGAGAACGCCUACACAGACCGCGACUCAAUCGUUGGAGUCCAGAAGUUUGAUGGCAUUCGCCUGGUGGCGAUGGACAUGCUAUCACAGAUCUUUCUGAAGAACCCUCAGAGUCGAAACGGCAUCAUUGAUGACGUCCUCUCUCAAAUAGAGAAGGUUCCUCAGACGAAACAGAAAGCCCGUCAGUUUAAGCUCAGCGAUGGCAGAAGCAUUCAGCCAGUAUCGGCCCUCAUUCUACGUUUGAUUCAAACCAGCGCCGGCAAAGCCACUGAUGUGAAGACUGCUCAGAGCAAAUUGCUCCAGUCACUGGAUGACAAUCACGAACAGGACGGCGUCGAUGCUUCAGUCCCCCCCGCGUUGCGAAAUAUGUCCAUCCAAAGCGAAGACCAAGCCGCUUCUCAGCAUGGGCGAUCUGCUGUCGAGCUCCAUGGAAUUUCGGCGCCGCUGGCAGAGACUACGAGGACCAGUGCGUCCAAUGUUAUCAAUUAUAUGGUCCUCCGGGCGCAAACAUCCACGAAGACCGGCGAGUCCCCCUUCCGCAGAAUCCUUGAGAAUUUCGUCGAGGACCUCGUUAUCUGCUUGGACUCGGCAGAUUGGCCUGCUUCUGAGCUUCUCCUUCGGAUACUAAUGGGCAGGAUGAUGAAUCUUGUGGACGGCGAAAGAACGGCAGCUCCAGCGAAGAACAUGGCCUUGGAAGUUCUCGGUUCUAUGGGAGCUGCGAUCUCAAAGCUGAGGUCGCUCGUUCGGCGGACUGCGAAUUCGCUGGAUGCUGUGGAGGCUACCGAGCUAGGUGUUUACCUCUCAGAACUUGCUGCCUCGGCUCUGGAACUACGGUCACGCCCAGAACAGCUGCUGUCAUGGUCUGGACCUUACCGUGCAAGCCUUGAGUAUCUUGACCAGCGAUGCUCCGAAGACCCGCAUCUGUCCAGCGCGGUAUCCUUUCUGAUCACAGACUGGGCGAGCAAGGUGGAUGCAACCUAUGAAAACUUGAGUAAUGCGGAUGACGACGAGCGGCUGCCGGAGUUUGGAAGGCUUGCUUACCGUCUGAGAAUGAUGAGCGAGGACCGCCGUUGGCUGUCUACCGAAUACAGCUUCGCGCAAGUCUCUCCCAUUCUUGCUAAGCUCUCAUACCAGAUCAUCCUUAUUCGUUCUCAAUUCUGCGAGUCAUACAGGCACAUCCUCAAUAUUCUGCUUCGCUUUAUGACGACCGAUCAGGCCACAGUCCGCAGCAAGAGCCUGAAGAGUGUGAAUGAUGUUUUGGAGACGGAUCCCACUAUACUCGAUGGAGACUCGACUUUCAUCCAACUUAUUCUUCAGUGCUCAAGUGACUCCUCACCUCAGGUGCGGGACUCAGCACUUGGUCUAAUCGGAAAAUGCAUCGACAUGAGGCCAGCUCUGGAGGAGAAGCUGAUACCGACUGUUGUCGACCGUUUCAUAGACACCGGCGUCGGAGUUCGAAAGCGUGCGAUGAAGCUCGCCAGGGAUAUUUAUCUUCGCAAUUUGGACAAGAACAUCCGGAGCAACAUUGCGAAUGGCCUACUCCAUCGUGUGCAGGAUCCCGACGAAGGCGUCCGAGACGUUGCGCGACAGAUGAUCGAGGAAAUCUGGAUCGCUCCUUACUCGUCUGCGGAGGGUUCCGCAGCAUAUAAGACCUCUCUCACGGACCACGUCUCCCUCAUGAUGCAGACAGUGAAGCAAGGGAAUGUGACCCCGGUCCUGGACAAAGUCUUUCAAUCGAUACUGGGAUCCAAAGAAACCAACUUCAAGGUCGGGCAGAUCCUCGUCGGCAGCAUAUUCGAGCUCUUCCAUCACUCGGACUCGGAAAGAGAAGCAUUGCAGCUUCUGAUGAUCUUCGCCAAGGCAGACGCAAAGCUCUUCACCUUCGAGCAAAUCAAGAUACUGCAAUCCACAGUCGCGAGCAUUGCUACCAACGAAGACUUGGCCAUUUCUCGAGCUGUGGUAGUAAUCUACCGUCGCGUCCUACCGCAGUUAUCCAACGUUCAUGAGUCGUUCCUCACUGACAUAUUGAACCCGUUAAUGCAAGCCGUACCCAAGGUGACCCGAGCACUCCUCGACGAUGUGGUUGGAUGCCUGUGGAUCAUCAGCGGCUUGCUUGGAAGCAUAGAGAAGCUGUCGCGAUUGGCGCUCUCGGCGUUACAGGGGAUACAAAAGAUCCGGGCAGCGACACAGGGCAGGCCCCUCGACGACAAGACUAUGCGGACGUUCGAUCGCUAUUCGCUCAUCGUGGGAAUGGUGGGAAAGCAUUGCGAUCUCGAGAACAAACUGGCCUCGUUCAAGGCUGCAUUCCCAGCUUUCAAAGGCAACACAGUGUCGAAGCUCAUGGUAGACGUGGUGAUACCUUUUGCCAGCCCAUCACAGCCUCUCGACGUGAGGAAAUCCGCACUUGAUGCCGUCGGGCUCAUAUGUCAAUCGUGGCCAAGAAAUUACGUCUCCGCGAACGUGUAUACAACAUUUCAGCAAGUUUUCGACGAGCAAGCCUCCGUCCUGGAAUCGAUGAUUCUGGGGUCUAUGAAGGAGUUCCUCUUUACGGAGGAGCAGCGCUCUGAACUAGCAGCUUCGGAAGGCACUGCGAAAGACGACAAGGGAGAGAAGUUGAAUCUCAAAGUUAUGGGAGGAACCACUUAUGACGAUGUCUCCAGCGCCACGACACAGCGUUUCCUUUCGGACAUCACACGAAUAUCGCUCGCUACUCAGGAUGAGCAUGCAUUUCUGGCUGUUGAAGUGCUGGCGAGCAUCAACCGCCAAGGUCUGGUACACCCAAAGGAGACCGGCGUCACCCUGAUCACAUUGGAGACCUCUUCAGUCACCAAGAUUUCAGAGCUUGCUUUCCAUGAGCACCGCGCUUUACACGACAAAUACGAAACCGUCCUCGAGCGAGAAUAUGCCAAGGCAGUGCAGUCUGCGUUCGCUUAUCAGCGUGACAUUGCUCGUGACCCUCGCGGUGCCACGACCGAGCCGUUCACCUCCAAGCUUCAUCUGAUGAUGGAGGUCCUCAAAUCCAGCAAGGCCAAGAACCGCACGAAAUUCCUGGAUAAACUUUGUGGGCAGGUUGACUUCGAGCCUGCGAAAUUAGAUGCUCGGGGGUACAUGCCAGGACACGUCCAGCUUUCCCAGUUUAUUAUCGAGAACCUGGCAUUCUUUGACUACGCCACCGUCAGCGAGCUGCUUGGUACAGUGACCACCAUGGAGAAGCUCGUCACCAGCACUGGAGCAAGCGUCGCUCAGGCGAUCGAGGCGGAGAUUUUUCAGGUUACGAUGGACGCGGUGACCAACUCUCAGGCUGCUCCCGAUGGCCAGAAUGAGCCGGUGUUUACUCCACCACCACCUGCAGUUGAUGUUAAGCGCCUUCGGCAACUGGCGGCUGGGUCCAUGAUACUGCAGUCCAUGUGGGAAGCACGGUCGUACCUCCGCCGGCAGUACAACCUCGGGACGAGCAGGCACAACAGCAAGUCCAAGGCCGGCAACAAGGAGAAGGACACCACCAAGCCGGUCAAAGUGCAGACGGUCACGGGCGACAAGGUUUGGGAGGACAUAGCCUCGAUCAUGGGCUCGCUCUCCUCGCAUGAGCGCAUGAUGCAGCAGUGCCGUUCCUUCGUGGACCUGCUCAACGUCGACAGGGAGUUCAAGGUCGCGGACGAGGGUGAGGAUGGCGAUGACCCGGCAACGCCGAGCGGUGGCGAGGACGAUGACGGCAUGGACACGGGCCGGGGCCGGAAGCGCAAGUCCAACUCGACCCCCGGCAGCGGCCGGAAGAAGCGGCCGCGCUCUUCCUCGCAGCCGCGGAAGCGCGGAAGACCCCGCAAGAGCGCCGUGUCGCAGGCGGAUGACGAUGAUGACAUAGAGUUCUUCUGA